CCUCGGACUUCUGGGUUGCACUAGUACUAAAGUAAAAAAAAAAGUAUAUUAGGAGGGCGGGGGGGGGCGGCAGAAUCUUAUCGAUAUCGCCUGUGGCUGUUAUCCGUCGCCUCAACUUCAACCUCGACGUCUGCCUUGGUGGAAGGAGGAGCAAGGGGCAACCCAAACGACAGCGUGGUGCCAGGCGCUGUGCUUUGAAUAUAUCCACAAGAACACGAUUAAACGGCCACGGCAACGGCGCUGGACGUCUACCCGCCACCCUCGGCCAACUACCAUAUAACCGCCACCACAAUCACCUCACCGACGACAUCCUCAUCAGGAACAUCUACAACACCUCCUACAACCACUACACACACCACCACCACUUGCGCUGCCUCACGGUCCCCCUCCCGCCAAAAUGCAAGGUUUCAACAUGGGCCGCUACGUCCCCCCCGAACACGAAGGCGUCACUUCGGCCAACACCCUCCAAAAAAAGCACCCCCUCGGCUCGCGGGGUUCAAAAGCACAUCUCGGCAUCCUAACAGUCCGUUUCGAAAUGCCCUUCCCCAUCUGGUGCACGCACUGCCCCAAACCCACCAUAAUCGGGCAGGGCGUACGGUUUAAUGCGCAGAAGCGCAAGGUCGGGAUGUACCACAGCACACCGAUCUGGGCGUUUGGGAUUAAACACGCUGCGUGUGGAGGGGCGAUUGAGAUAAGGACCGAUCCAGCGAAUACGGCGUAUGUUGUUACGGAGGGGGCGAGGAAGAGGGAUUUAGGGGAGGAGAGGGUUGGGGAGGGGGAUGUGGUGGUGCUGACGGAGAGGGAGAGGGAGGAGAGGAGGGGGAACGCUUUUAUGGGACUUGAAGGGAAAGUAGAGGAGAGGGAGAGGGUGGCGGGGGCGAGGGAGCGGAUUGCGGAGCUGGUGGAAGGGAGGAGGGGGUGGGACGAUCCUUAUGAGGCGAAUUGCCGACUACGGGGUGCGUUUAGGGAGGGGAGAAAAGCGAGGGAGGGCGAGGCGAGGAGGGUGGAGGGGAUGAAGACGAGGUUGGGGUUGGGGGGGAGUGAAAUGGAGGUUUUGCCCGGGACGAGGGAGGAUGGGUUGAGGGCGGAGGGAGAGCCGGGGGGGGGGGGGGGGGGGGAGAGGGAGAGGGGGGAGGGACGGUUGAAAGGGAAGAAGAAGAAGAAACCGGGGCCGGACGAGAGAAAGGAGAUGUUGGCAAGGACGGUGGGGAGGAAUACGCGGGAGAGGAUGGAUCCGUUUCUGGAUGGUGGGCGGGUGGCGGGCGGGAGGGCGGUGUUGGGGGUUAAGCGGAAGCGUGGGGUGGGGGUUGAGGGGGGCAGUGGGGAGAUUGAAGGCGGAGGUGAAGUUAAUGCUGGGGGAGAGGGAGCGACGAUAGAGACUGCAGCAGCGGCAACAGGCACGGCUAGCAAGGGGCUGGUGGACUAUGACUCGGAGUGAUGGGAUGGGAUGGGAUGGGGGACUGAGAUUAGAGAGUGUAUAGUAUGGUGGAGGGCGUUGAUGAACAGAGCCUGUGACGUCAGGGGGGCAGAUAUGAGAAUGGAUUGUGGUCUAUAUGUUGUACCAACCAGACAGGGUAGGCCUAAUGGAAGGGAUGGUUUGGGCACAAGUAAGGAGGCCAUAUUGUAGCGGAGGUGGCUUUCAAAAGUUUUGUCCUACGCUAAUAACGCCACGAUUCAUAAUUCAAUUCAUACCGAGUUAUUCAAUCUGCCCGCCCCUCCUUAUACUCGUUACGGCCUUCAAGUUCAAUGACCUUCUAUAUAUGCCGAGGAAUCCUCUUAAUCCACGCUUGGAUUUGAGAUUGUAGAAGGUCUUCCUAGCAGCCCUCCCACGCCCGUACUACCUCUAUAAGGCUUUUAGGUGCUCCCUUCUGUGUAGUCCGUCGCUUCAUCUAUGGCUAACAUGGCUCAAUUGUGUUAAGGUUAGGUGAAUUAACACACUAAAAUAUUCGUUUAAUCUCAUAAAGAUCAAAUACCCGUUGUUAUAUAUAAUGGCUAUGUAAUGGCGCAUUAUCCUCUUACAUAAGAGUAUUAGGACGGCUUUCUAUACACUCUUUUGUAAUGGGAAGAGUUUUGGAAUGAGAAUCUUCUUUUGAUAAUGAUACUAAUCAAUUCCACCUCCUCCUACUUGUCAACU